GGGUUACUAGUCUGGUGCUAAAUACCAAACGUCACAGAGUCAGCGGAAAAAUUAGACGGCAGAAAUUCCACUGAGCGCAGAGCACGGCAGCUUCAUUGCCUUCAUCGCUCUCUGUGUUUCGAACCCGCAGGUGAAGAAUGUCGGUGGGUGCUGCGGGCAUGGCGAGGGUCGGAGGAGCCACCGCGUCGAUCCGCGCUUUAGUGCCAAUUUCUUACCUCGCGGGCGCAGCGCAUUCGGCAGAUCUCGGUUUCUCAUCCACGUCUCAAAGCAGAAUCGUCUUGGUUCCUUCUUGUUUAUCGUACCCUAAUUCUUCACUCUCGUAUCGACGAAAUGUUGGAAAUGUCGGAAAUUUGCGGACUUCGCUGCUCCCUCCCAUCCUGUACUCAGCCUCUCCUUCAUGGUCGCAAUCAUCGUUCGUCGGCUCGGCUUCCAUUAGAGCUGCAGGUUUGAACGGCAAGCUUCUUGCUCAGGAAGGACGACACAUUGCGAGCAGCGGUGUGAUUGUUCGAUGUAUGUCCGAGCAGUCGGAAAGCGUUCUCGAGGACAUGAUUUGCAGUAAAAAUUCUGAGAAUGCCGUCGUCGUGUAUUCGAAAUCAUGGUGCCCCUACUGCGGCAGAGUGAAAAGCUUAUUUCGGGAACUGGGGGUGGAGUUUCUGUUGAUCGAGCUCGAUAAUCUUGUCGAAGAGCAGGAAGUUCAAGAAGCGCUUCGUAGGUUAACUCGACAGAGCACAGUUCCAAACAUCUUCAUCGGUGGCAAGCACAUUGGCGGAUGCGACGAUACGAUGGAUCUGCACAGGAGAGGGCAGCUAAUGCCCUUGCUAACAGCUGCCGGAGCCAAGAUCUCCAAAAGCUGAGCAGAGUAGAGUGUUAUCACAUUAAUGAAUUCCUGGGCGCCCAUAGAUAGAUGGUAGUUGAAUUGGACAAGUUUGGUACUCGCGUACCUUCAGUUUCACACCUGCAACAGGUGUACAUUUCAGCUGAGGCCCCGGGAAGACACUCUGUGCCAAUUGUAACUAGCAAAUUUGUGGCAAGAUUUUUCCAAAAAUAAGUAUUAAAUAAAUGACACCACUGUGGUUGUUCGAAUUUCCCCAC